CAGGUGAUGACUACUGUUUUUAAGAAAGUAAAAUACAAUAAUGGAAACAGAAUACAAAAUUAUUAACGGUCGAGCGAAAACACAAUGGAUUCCUUUUUUCAGACAGGUACUCGUGGCCUUCAUAAUAUGGAUCUCUUUCCUCAUGACAGGGCUAGCCAUGGGCACUCCCACGGUGGCGAUCCCUCAGCUUAGGCUGGAGGCCAACUCCUCUGCCGUUGUCAGCAGCGAGAUGUCCUCCUGGAUAAGUUCAUCCAUAGGCUACUCGGGAGCCAUUUGUGUCUUCAUAAUGGUUCCCAUCGCACACUACUGGGGGCGGAAGUUCACCAUGAUUAUUCUCUCUGUCACUACGUUAAUAGCCUCUGCAGUUAUUUACUUUAGUAAAACGCCUAUGCAUUUACUCAUAAGCCAACUCAUAUUUGGGCUACCAAUAGGCGCACAGACUUCUGUAUUUUUAUUAAUACUCUCUGAAUACUCAUCUCCUCAGUACAGAGGAGUACUGCUAACUAUGAAAACGUCGUCAUUUUUCUGGGGCAUUUGGAUUGCAAACGCGACCGGAAUCUUCACGCAUUAUAAGUACAUUGGUCUCAUCGGAAUCGGUUGGUCCGGUUUUAGCUUAAUCAUUUCCUUGUUCAUACCAGAGUCGCCUUACUGGCUGGCCUAUCGAGGAAGGCAUGACGAAUGUGCCGAGUCCCACCGAUGGAUGAAAGGAGUUGACGAAAAUUCUGAGAAAGAACUAAAAGCGCUAUUAAAUUCUGUCAAAGAAAAUAACGAAAAGAAGCAAUCGAUUACAUCCUUGCGACAAUAUUUCAAAGACAGUCGAACAGCCAUCAAGAAGCCUGAGGUUUUCAAGCCUAUAAUUCUUGGCUGUCUCACUGGGUCGAUCUAUCAUUUGUCGGGGAAGCUGGCGUGCGCUGUCUACGCCAUUGAAAUGAUGAAGAAGUUAAGUGGGAACCAGUCGACGGUAUACGUCGGCGUGUUGACUUUGGACGGAUUUAGUAUUUUAGGGAUGUAUGUAGGCAGUGGAUUAUCGAAAAUACUGAAAAGAAGGACGCUACUACUGUCAAUGACAAUAUCAGGCACAAUAUUUUUGUUUACGUUGAGUAUUUACCUCUACCUUAUUAAAUUAUCUGUGUUACCAGAAAAUGUGUAUAUUAUCAUUGGCUUGUUGGUUGGAUAUACUUUGUCAAUAUGCUGUGGCCCAAUGAUAUUGGCGACAUCAAUAGCUGCUGAAUUAUUUCCAUUUGAGUUAAGAAGUGUUUGCGCUGGUUUCUUUUCUAUUUUCGUGAUGCUUUUAAUGAGUAGCGUAGUCAAAGUAUCCCCAUAUGUUUUUAACUCUGUGGGUUUUGAAGGAGCAUACUUGGGUUUUGGUAUUUGCGCUACAAUAGUUAUUAUUUUGGAGUAUAAGUACUUGCCAGAAACCAAAGACAAAACUUUGUAUGAAAUAGCUGAGAUGUUUAAAAUCAAAAAACAAAGUGAGACUACUGAAUGUAAACUUUUAGAAAGUAAUGAUCCAGAGACUAAAGCAUUAGAAACGUAA